UCCGCCAACCAAGAGGCAACACGGCAUAACGCUUCACGUUUCCGCAAUCCCCGUCGCCGCGCAGCCUCCGCCAGGAGCCGUCGCGAGACGCCGGGAAUGGGGAAUCCCGACGGGGCGAGGAAGAAGAAGAGGAGGAAGAGAAGCGGCGGCGAGGCGGCCGCCUCGUUCGACCGCGACGUCUUCCCCAUCCUCCUCGCGGCCGUCGCGCCAGCCACCGGGCCGAACCAACGCGCCUCCUCCGCCGCCACCGCCGCGCGCCUCCUGCGCCGCCUUCUCCCCCGCUCGCCGCCGCCGCCGCCGCUAUCCCCUCUCCCCGGACCCCUGGUCGCGCUCCUACCGCUCCUCCUCACCUCCAGCUCGCAUUCCGUGGCCGCGCUGAGCUGCGAGGUGAUGGGCGCGGCGGCGCUGCAGUCCAUGGAGGCCGGCGAGGCGCUGGCAUCCGACGGCGGGAUCGCCAGUGGCUUGGCGCGGGCAUUGGGGAGUGGCAGCCAGCGAGUGGCCGAGGCUGCCUGCAAUGCCGUGAUGGACCUCUCGGCGUCUUCAAUUGGCAGGGAGCACCUCUCGGGCUCACCUGUUCUGCCGAGGCUAUUGUAUCUAUUUUCUCAGGUAGAAUCUAUUUCUGGGGCUGUCGGUGGCGGGAGCACCGGGUGCCAAGCAAGGGUUUCAGAGCCAAGUAAAUGUUUGAACUUGAUCAUUGACACAGUGGUGCUCAUGGUGAACUCCUGUAAAGUCGACAAGUUACACAAUCUUCAACAGGAGCUAGUUAGAAAAGUUAUGCAUUUGUUGUAUGAAGUAUGGAGCAAAGUUAGACUCUUACAGUCAUCAGCUGACUGCAGCAACGGGAAGGAUCAACUUCAAAGCAGACCAUAUGAGAUAUCUGAAGCUAUUUUUAGGCUUUCGAUGGAUCUUGCUUAUCCAGCCCACCUGGAACCUGAUGAAGUCAGAAAAAGCUUUUUUGGACAAACGGAAUCUGACUUUGAAAAGUUUGCCCUGAUGUACUGGGAAAACUCACCUUAUUUGUACAGGAAGAAACAAAGUGGUCUGGAGGGGGAUGCUGUGUUCACUGCAUUGCAUAACGCUUUUGAUCUUAGAACACCUGAUGCUAUCAUUGAGUCAUUCAUACAGGACCUUGUUUCUUGCCCUGCUAUUGCUUCGGAUGAACUCAACAUAAAUUCCUUUCUCGAUGAGGUUCAUGAUUCCUUGGGUGCUGCUGUGAAGUAUAGGCAAGAUGUAAGAGUCGUGAGAACACCAGAUCAGACCUCAACAGGAUCUGGGAUAGAGGAGCAUUUCUUUGAUGAUGGAACGGUCUUCCCAGAUGCAACUGCAUUUGUUGAAAAAUGUAAGGGCGCAAUCAGGAAUGGUUUCUCAAUCGCCUUGCGUGGCAUGGAGUUCCGGUCUGAAAAGGUUGCUGCUAUAGCUUCUGCUCUAGCUGAUCUAUUUGGUCAGCCUUCUGUAGGGGCCAACAUAUACUACUCACCCCCAAGAUCUCAAGGUCUGGCCCGGCACUAUGAUGACCACUGUGUGCUUGUUUGGCAACUACUUGGACGCAAGAAAUGGAAGAUUUGGCCCAAUACAAAGUCAAUUCUGCCUAGAUUAUAUGAACCUUUUCACUCUUUAGAUGGCUUGGUGGAUGAUCGUGGUGGAAGGGUGGAAGUUUUACGUGAAGGAGACAUAAUGUAUGUUCCUAGAGGCCAUGUGCACGAGGCUUGCACUGACAUUGACGAAGGUGAAUCUGAAGUCAAUGCAUCCGCCAAUUACUCGCUCCAUUUGACCCUUGCCAUCGAGGUCGAGCUACCCUUUGAGUGGGAAGGGUUCACACACAUUGCUCUUCACUGCUGGUUGGAGGAGCAGAAACUUGUGGGGAGCUCUGGAUCUGUCGAGUCCAGGAUGGAAGAACAAGCUCCAUUGUUUGCUCUCCUGCUGCAUGUGGCCAUCAGGUUGCUCUCGGACAAGGAUCCUACACUCAGGAAGACGUGCAUGGUUGCGGCAAAGCUCCCAUCAUCCAUUAAAUCUGUCCGAAGCAGCCAUAGGUCAAUCUUCGACGAGAUACUCGACAACAUCGACAGGAACUGCGGCUUUGAGGAUGCGCUGAGGUCGGUUGAGCUCGCGGUCAAGGAGAGGAACGAUGAGCCGUUCCAGUGGAUGUGCUGGCUCCGGCAUCUCCCACAGCAGCAGCAGCAGCACGGUCGCAGCAGCAGGAUCGACUUCUGCGACGUCCUGGGGCCCUUGGAAGAGCUUCUUGACAUGUUCAGCUCCGAUCGUGAGCGAGCCUCAGCCGAUUUCGCCGAUUUCAAGUCAAGGUUCUGUAGGCGUGCCAUGUACGACGACGCUUGCAGCGAGUUCGAGGCGCUGCUCGUUUUGUAUCGGGCGGGUCGGACGCGGUACACCAAGGGCAUGCUUGCGUUGCACGGGAAGCAUGGAGGGUGACUGCUCCAGAGUUCCCCCCCAUUUUUGCCGAACAGUUUGUCCUGUACACACACUGCGAAGGCGGUGACCGUUGCAUCACUGGUUGUUAACUCGGUCGUGCAACCUGGAGUAGUUUGUGGUUUCCACUUU